CCCCGUCGGGAAAACCAGUCCCCCGCAAGGUAGGCAGAGCUGUUGUUCAAUUGCCCGGUCCCCGCUUCGCGCGUCAUCGGCAUCAGACACGUCCUGGCCUGAAUUCUAUCCGACGUUCACUAUGCGACAAGUCUGCUGACCGUGCCUUGUGUUCUGCUAAAUCCAGGAGGUCGCGCAACGCGAGUCCCACCAAGAUCGGCUCCAUACACCGGCCCACUACCGACGACGCCCCGAUGCUCAGUGCUUCCUCCUCCAACAACCACUCGCUCUUCUCUUUCGGCAGCAGAAAUGGCUUGUCCGCCGACGUGACCGAUUCCGCCGCCUCGUUCGACUUUCUUCCCUCCGUCAGCUUCGACGAUCUGCAGAGCAGCCUCGAGUCCGCGGCUGAGUUUAAGCUGACCCAGUUCCCGUCCCCAACCGGCCAAGGAACCAUCCUGGGCAGCGGCUCCGCCGCCGACCACAGCAUGGUGGAACGUCCCGAUAUCACGCGUAACGCCAGGGGCAUCCACGCCUCCGUGCAGCAGCCAGCCGCCACGCGUUCCCGGACCGGCUCGAUCCUGCGGAAGCCUAGCACGUCCAGUCGGCACGCGAGCCUAACGGCAGCCGCUCCCAGCAAUCCCGGGGCGCAGAAUGCACCCUCGGCCCCGGCCGCCACCCGCUCCCGCCGCCAGAGCCACUAUCCCCCCGUUUCCAACGCCAGCAUCGCGAGACCCCCGAGGAAGUCGACCGGAGAUGCCGGGCUAGGCUUGGACUUUGAGCCUCGCAAGCGGAGACCCAGCGUGGCCUCUCUAUCGGAUAGGAAUGGCCUCGAGCCUCCGACGAGAUCUUCGGUCGACGGUGGAUCACGUCCCACGGGGGACCUUCUCCGCGCCCAGGCCGGUUCGCGAAGCUCCAAGGCGAGAUCGGUUCAGCCGCCGCCGAGAGCCAGCCAGGCCACGUUGACUCCGGACACAAGCGCCCGGUCGCUGGACCAACCCCGCAUGCCGACCGCAUUACCUCGGUCGCCGAGGGCCGCCGUCAAGGGGGCAAGCCUGGCCUGUUCGAAGCGUGUCUCGGUGAUGCCUGGGGCGCCGCAGCUCCCGCAUGUCACGGGCCUGGGCGCGAGAACCAUCAGCCCUACCGACACAAGGCGGUUGAAACGGCUGUCAAUGCACCACAGUCAAAGCCAAACCCCGGCUCCAGUCCUCCCGAACCCGCCGCCAUUGGCGGCUAAUGUCCGCUCCAGCUCUCGCUCCCCUUCUAUGCUUCCCCGAAAGAUCUCCACGCCUAGCUCCUCCCGGACGACACCGGAUCCGAACAGGAAGUCAUACAGCUCCGGUCUUUCCGUCAACUCCAACGGCAGCUUCAAUAACACGACCGCGGUACGAACAUCGACUGCCUCGGUUGGGCAUCGUAAUUCGCAACUCCUCAAUUCUCGGCUGCCCGCUCCGAAGGCGCUCGCCUCCCACGUGAUAGCUGGUCGUGACGACGAAGAAUACGUCCCCCCCGUCCCGGCAAUACCCAAGGCUUACGAAUCGCCAAAGGAUCCGCUCGCGGAAGCGCCAUCAUUAGAAAAGAGGAAGUCGAACCUCAGCCAUGACGCCAGUAGCGUUCAUAGCAGCAAUUCCACCCCGAGCAUCUCCGGAGCCUUGAACGACGGGCCCUCUGCCAAGCUACAGCGCAGACCUAGCAACCGCAAGUCGAUUCACACUUCCAAGUUGGAUUUGGAAUCAAAGCCGGUGGCAGCACAUCCCAAGAAGUCGUUGCAGCCGUUAAGGCUGCCUCCGCUCACGUUGGGCCCGCUGAGUACCCCAACCGCAACCAAGAUAGCCGCGCUCCAGGACAAGGGCUCAUCCGAGAGGGACCUAUCGCCACCCCCCACGAGACAGAUUGUUAAAACACCAACGACGCCGAUGACGGCCUCGAAAGGUUCCUUCUUCUCGAGGACGCGACUUGAGGAACGACACGACAUUCAGCAUCUCAGAAGUAGCAGCUCGGUACACCGACUAAGGCGGGGAACACCGCCUCCCCCACCAGAGCCAGCAAGCUCAUCUGACUCGUUCGCCGCCGUCAAGAAUGGCGACCAGAGAUCCGGCCCAUCACCCUUCCUAAGCUCCUCGGUGCCCAAAGAUGGCCACAUGGAAGUACCGUUCUUGAAAAGGUCCAAGACAGGUGGCGAUCUCGCCGCUCCUCUUGACGCAGCUGCGGAUAUUCCGACUCCAACCCAUCAGAGCAAGCCUUCAGGGCCCCGGGCGCAAAAGCCGGUAACGACGAGGCAACCGAAGUCGCCGCCGCCGUUCUCUAGCCCCGAAGAACCCCAAACUUCUUCGUCCAUGAGCUCGCUCAGGAGAAAACUGAGUCUGUCUUGGAAGCGUCAAAACAAGAACGGCAGCACCAAUCAGCCUCAAGGGGAAAAGGCCGAGUCGAAACCCGCCAAGCACGAUUCGAUGCCGCCGCCCCGGAUCCCGGCCUCUGCGACGGCGAACAACAUCCCUAGCGCGAAACCUGCUAGCCCUGCUCCAUCGAACAAGUCCAAUGGAACUGGAACGUAUCUGGAGUCUAGGAGACGGAAGAGUUCGGCCUCGAGUCUGAACGCCAUCAUAGCCCAGGAACAGCGCGGCCGCAGUGAUGCCGCAGCCAAGAAGGAAUCCACCCUCGGCACCGUUUCCGAGCGCAACGCGGCUCCUCAAAAUCCGCCCGUUGUGCAAAAGGGAUUGAAACCGAGGCACUCGACCGCCGGCCUGCGGCACCACGAUGUCUGGACAGCGGAGCUCGACAGCUACGACCUGAUCGCUGAGGAGGAAAUGAAGAAGCUUGGCAUGCGCCGCAAGGAUACCGAGUUGGCUGCCCGGACUCUGGAUGCGCUCCGGAAGCGCGCGACCCCCAAAGAACGCGUCAGCCCCCAGGAAGCUAUCCGGAUUGCCGUCCUCAACAUCUACGAGCGGGGUGAGAUUGUGGACUAUAAGGACGUCUACUUCUGUGGCACACAGAACGCCGCCAAGGUGGUUGGCGACCCGCAAUCUGACAGUCCCAACUUCGGCUAUGACGACGAGCGCGGAGACUACGCGAUUGUUCCGGGCGAUCACCUUGCCUACCGGUACGAGAUUAUCGAUGUGCUCGGGAAAGGCAGCUUCGGACAGGUGGUCCGGUGUAUAGACCACAAGACGGGUGUUCUCGUCGCCGUCAAGAUCAUUCGCAACAAGAAGCGGUUCCAUCAGCAGGCUCUUGUUGAAGUGAACAUCCUGCAAAAGCUCCGCGAAUGGGACCCUCAAAACAAGCACUGCAUGGUGAACUUCACCCAUAGCUUCUACUUCCGCGGCCACCUCUGCAUCUCUACCGAGCUGCUAGACAUGAACCUCUACGAGUUCAUCAAGUCGAACGCCUUCAGGGGCUUCUCACUCAAGUUGAUCCGCAGGUUCACGAAGCAAAUGCUGAGCUCGCUCAAUCUGCUCAAGCAGCACAAGGUCAUCCAUUGCGACCUGAAACCAGAGAACAUCCUCCUACGGCAUCCGCUGCACACCGAGAUCAAAGUCAUUGAUUUUGGCUCCAGCUGCUUCGAGCACGAGAAGGUGUAUACGUAUAUCCAGUCCAGGUUCUAUCGCUCGCCCGAGGUCAUCCUAGGAAUGACUUACGGCAUGCCCAUCGACAUGUGGUCGCUGGGCUGCAUCCUGGCAGAACUCUACACCGGCGUGCCCAUCUUCCCUGGCGAGAACGAGCAGGAGCAGCUGGCCUGCAUCAUGGAAGUCUUUGGCCCACCGGAAAAGCACCUGAUCGAGAAGUCGACCCGCAAGAAACUCUUCUUCGACAGCAUGGGCAAGCCGCGCUUGACUGUCUCGUCCAAGGGCCGCCGCCGCCGCCCAUCGUCGAAGACGCUCCAGCAAGUCCUCAAGUGCGAUGACGAAGCCUUCCUCGACUUCAUCGCCCGCUGCCUCCGCUGGGACCCGGACCGCCGCAUGAAACCAGAGGAAGCCAUUCGGCACGAAUUCAUUACCGGUCAGAAAACGUCCGUCCCUGUCCCCCGCUCCGCCGUCCGCGACUCCUCCCCCAGCAAACGCGUCAACAGCAUAGGCAUCCCCCGGCCCCUCCCGGAACCCCCUGCUGCCGCGAAGACGGCGACUUCUGGACCGCUCCGCUCCCGCGACAAUGCAGCAGCAGCAGCAGCAGCCUCUACUGCUGGUGGCACAUUGGGUGCAAACUACGGCCCCGGAAAGCCCAGCACCGUCCCGCCCUCCUCUGGAGGAGGAGGAGGACAGACGACUACCCGCAGAGUAUCGGGCAUGAAUGCCUCGGCGGGCGGCGUCAAGCGGACGAGUGCUGGCGCUGCCGCUACCGCCGGCAGCGGUGGCAAUAAUAAUAAUAAUACUAACAACAGUGGGGGGGUUAAUGGUGGUGCGAAUGCUGCGAGCUACAGUGGUGUGACUUCGUCGGUGAGUAAUAGCAGCUUACCGAGGGCGUCGAUAAGGAGCGUGAGUGGCGGACUCGCUGGUCUAGGUGUUGGUGGUGGUGGCGCUGGAGGGGUUGGACCGAGGCAGGAUUUGGCUGCUGCGGGUGCGACGGCCGCGAUGAGUCGGCAUGCUUAGAAAAGCCAGUGUCAUGAUUUUGUUGAGUGGCUAGCUGGGCUUUGCGACGGCUGGCUGUGUGUUGGGGGGAAGGGUUGGGGGUGUAAGUAUGCAUGUGUUGCGCGUACGUGGGUUGGGUAACGACAGGACGAAG